GAGCCGGGAUGCGGAGGAAGGGAGGAGAAGCGGGCGGAGGCAGCCGCAGUUUAAAUUAAUGUCAAGCUACCUCCAGUCCGGAGAAGCAGCCGAGAGAGCGACGGAUCCAGAGACCCGCAGCCGCCUCCAGGAGCCAUGACCCGGCGGCCCAGAAACAGUGUUUACAGCAGCGAGGAGGAUGAGGAGGAGGCCGAGAUGUACGAGCACGACUACGACGGCUCUCUGGCCAAGACGGGCAAACGGCACCUCGGUAAAACCCGCUGGACCCGAGAGGAGGACGAGAAGCUGAAGAAACUGGUGGAGCUUCACGGCUCUGAAGACUGGAAGCUCAUUGCCAGCCUGUUAACGAACCGGACGGACGUUCAGUGUCAACACCGGUGGCAGAAAGUUCUGAACCCGGAGCUGAUCAAAGGACCGUGGACCAAAGAGGAGGACCAGAGGGUGAUCGAGCUGGUCCAGAAGUAUGGAGCCAAGCGCUGGUCCGUCAUCGCCAAGCACCUGAAGGGUCGCAUCGGGAAGCAGUGCCGCGAGCGCUGGCACAACCACCUGAACCCGGAGGUGAAGAAGACGUCGUGGACCGAGGAGGAGGACCGGAUCAUCUACCAGGCCCACGAGAAGCUGGGGAACCGCUGGGCCGAGAUCGCCAAGCUGCUGCCCGGCAGGACGGAUAACGCCAUCAAGAACCACUGGAACUCCACCAUGAGGAGGAAGGUGGAGCAGGAAGGCUACCUGCAGAGCUCGGCCAAGAACACCGGCUCCUCGCUCUCCAUUGGCCACGGCUACGUCAAGACGGCCAAUCACAUCAUGGGCUUCCCCCACCACUCGCCCAAUCAGCUCCCUCCGCUGUCGCCGCUCAGCUACAACUUCAUGACCGACAGAGUGCCGUUCCCGAUGGCGUUACACCUGAACAUCCUGAACAUCCCCAACAUCCCUCACCCUGGCACUGCUGCUAUCCAGAGACACUAUGGAGACGAGGACCCAGAGAAGGAGCAGAGGGUGAAGGAGAUCGAGCUGCUGCUGAUGUCCACGGAGAACGAGCUGCGAGGCCAGCCGGCGCUGCCCAUGAACCUUCCCUUCCACAGCUGGACCAGCCACGGUUCUGUGGGUUCUGACGGACCGGUUCUGUCUCUACCUCACCACCAGACGGCCGCCCCGUCGCUGCCGCUAGACCAGAGCUGCCUGCCGGAGGAGAGCGCCUCGGCGACGCGCGCCCACAGCACCAACAGCGGCGGCAGCAACAGUAACCAUAGCAACCACAGCUCACCACAGUUCUCCAACCAGAUCCCAGAGUUCAUGGAGUCCGUCAUCGACUCGUUCCUGAACCAGUCGAUGAGCCCUGAACACUCGGACAGCGACAGCAUCCCGAUGACUUCUCCGGUCGACUCCAAACCUCUGAUGGAGUCGGUCCGGCCUCAGAAGGAGAACGAAAUGUUCAGGACUCCAAACAUCCGCCGGUCGAUCCUAGAGUCGACUCCUCGGACGCCGACGCCCUUCAGGUCGUCGCUGGCGCAGCAGGAGGCCAAGUACGGACCUCUGAAGCUGCAGAACACCCCUCUGGAGCAGCAGAUGGUUGAGUCCAUCAAACAGGAGCCGAUGGAAUGUUCCAUCGAUCAGCCGCCGCUGAAGAAGAUCAAGCAGGAGGCGGAGUCUCCCUGUGAGAGGAGUCCCUGCAUGCAGUGGGAAGGUCAGGAUCUCCACACUCAGCUCUUCUCGCCCAACGGACCGCCUCAGGAAGUUCCUGACCUGCUAACGAGCUCGUUACUGACUGAGGACAGCCAUAAAUACCACCUGCCUCACAGAGGAGGCAGCAGCCCCAUACAGCUCUGGACCAGAGAUCUUCGUCUUUUCCACUCCUUCCCAGGUCAUCCACUGCCCCUGCUUCGCCUGCGCGAUGGCUUUUGCGCGCCUGUCUGCUUCCUGUUGCCGUCGUACUUCCUGAACCGAGCCAUUUCCUUGUGUAGAAGCUAACCAGUCUCUCCAGCUUUUCCACCUUAGACACUGGGACUUCAUACAGGCUGAGCUCCUGGGAACAGGCGACCUGUGGGAAAGCCGAGGAUCACCUUUUAGCGUCGGAGCAGAAGUACAUUAACACUUAUCCGACCAGGACGCUGGUGAUGUAGGCGGAGCCUGGGCAGACGCUGCUGAUGUAGGCGGAGCCUUGGCGGACCGUCUUAUUUGUUGUGGUACAACAGUUUGGGAGAGGCUUCGUGCCGAUUGGUGUUUUUACACUCACACUCGUUGGGAUUUCAACCAACCAAAGACUCUGUUUUUUACGAAUCUUUUAUAUUCGCUUUGGGUUUUUAUGAACGUACUCCUGAUCUGUGUUUUUACUGUUGUAUUAUAAAAUGGGAAACGGUGAUUCUGUUUGCAUCGGGCUGUAUUUUUAAUUACAAAUUUUGACAUUAAUAUAAAGAACAAGUUGAUUAAUUUAUUGUUUUGUUGUUGGCCGACGGAGCAGUGUUGUUUAAAGUAUUUAAGCCCUUCUAGCAUUACCACUCAGCAUGUUAAGGAUUUCAAACUGACCUCUGGAUUUCACUUCCUGUUCGCUUUUCAUGGGUCUGCUGAGAAUUUCAAGUGUUUGAAGAGUAUUAGCGCAUCGCCAGCUUUAUUUCACGAGGACUAAAUUCAUUUCAACGUCUGGUUUAUCUGUGGGGACGAGAACAAACUGAUCUGUAGAGUUUAUUUAUGAGCUUCACCCAGUGGGAGUCGCACCAAGCUGAUCAAUCCUCCGUCAGAAACACUCACUUUUAUUUGUGCCCAGCUGAACCUUUUUCUACGUUUUUUACAGACGGUCGGCGCCCAACACUGAGCAGUUCAUGUUUUUAUGCCUGUUUUUGAUACUAGCUUUGAGCAGAGAUUGUUUUCAUAAACGCCUUUUUACAUGCCAAGUUUUCAUGUUUUUAUACUUUUCUAAACUGCCUAGUAAAUAAAGUGUGCUGUUUUUAUUACGA